AUGGUGGGCGGGAAGGGAGAAUCCAAGUCGCGGGAGGCCGAGGCCUUGGUGGUCUGCGGCGACAGGAACAUGGGAGCGGGAAUCAACCUCUGGGACUUGGACUCGGGAAAUUGCCUUCUUCACAUCCCGACUUGCGCUUCUCCUACUCAUGGUCUGCUGUGCUUGAGAGGUCAGGUUCUCGUCGCUUCUCAGGCCAACAGGCAUGGCUCCGUUGGUUGCGGGGCAAUUUUCGCCUGGCAUUUGAAAAAGCCCCAGUCGCCGAUACGGAGCUACCCAAUUGAAGCCAUAGGGCCACUUGCCAGCACCUUUAAUGGGAUGUAUCUGGUCGGCGGUGCCUUUUCAGGAAAUGCCUAUCUAUGGGAGGUGACUAGUGGAAGGUUGCUGAAAACUUGGCGAGCCCAUCAUAAAUCCUUGAAGUGCAUUGCUUUCUCUAAUGAUGAUUCCAUUCUUAUAUCUGGAUCGGAUGAUGGGAUGAUUAAUGCAUGGUCAGUAAUUGGCUUGCUAGACGUGGAAGAUGUUGCAAUCUCAUCCUCGCUGUUGCACUUUUCAAUGGAGCAUAAAUCCUCGAUAACUUCUCUGUUAUCUACAUCAGGCAUUUCCAACUCGUGCUUUAUAUCUACUUCCCUGGAUUCCACUUGCAAGGUGUGGGACCUAGUCUCCCGUAGACUGAUACAAACGCGAGUGUAUCCGACUGGUAUAACUGCAGCUACCCUGCAUCCAACCGAGCAACUUAUUUUCUGUGGGAGCACAGAUGGAAGAAUAUUUGUCAGUGGUCUUGAUCUUGGACUUGUAGAUGAACCUAUUGCUGGUGUAGAAGAUCAGCAGGGUGUGCUGAAAGGACAAAAUGGGUCCAUAACGGCAUUGACCUUUAGCAAAUACGGGUUGAUAUCUGCAUCAACAGAUAGCACUGUCUGCCUCUGGGAUAUAAUUUCUCAGGUGAUUGUUUGGAGAAUUGACCAUCAGAAAGGACCGGCUACUAAUCUUGUCGUGGUUCCACAUUGUUCAGAGCUAUUUACAUCACCAUCAAGUAGUCACGAAAAGAAUUCAAGUCAGUUUUGUUUUUCUUCGCUGGACAAGUGUACUCAGCAGGCUAGUCCAUCUGAAGGAGUGAUUGCCCUCCCUCCCUCAUGCUGCUUAUACCCAAAUGAUUUCCAAAGUUCUCUGGACCAUCAAAUAUUCGAGAUGGAGCAAGAACAAACACCAACCAUGCAAAUGAAGAUAGAGACGAUCAUGGGGCAGCGGAUGUGGGCAACGCAAAUGACGAACCACGUAAUGGAAAUGAACAAGCACUUACAAUCUAGGGUGCUAGACUUGAUGCAGGUCAGGCUACUCUUGGCUGGUAACAAUGCCACUUCAGGGAAGAACAAGAAGCUUGUGACUGAAAGUAAAGCUCCAUCCGAAGAAGAGGUCUCAUCCCAAGUCUGA